AUGCAUAAGGAAAAGAACGAGGCCAGACUGGCCAUGCAUUGUAAGGAACACAUGGGGCAGACGUUUCUAAUGGUAUCCCAUGUGGUGGGGGAGAUGUACAUCACCCUUAGGGCACUUCCAGCAGUUGAAAUCUUGCCAUGGCAAGGGGGGGCUAGGGCUGACACUAUUCACGGGAAUAGUGUCUGCCCUUGCAAAAAGUAA